CCGCAAUGAACUCUGUCGUAGAAACGGCGAUAACAGUGCCACAGAGGUGCACUUGUACGGCUAUGGGUCGUCUAUGGAACCUGACAAGUAUGAGGAAGACAUAACUAGUUGUUCUCCUCCUGCUUGAUCAUCCAAAGUUAAAUCCAUUUGGCAUCGGACACUGCCUUCAUACAGAAACCGUCAAGCUGUCUGUCGAAUUGGCCUUCUUUGAGAGCCACUCCAGUCUGUUCUGAAACUAUUCAAGUGGUGGUAGAAAUCAGCCCAUCAUGGUUAAACCAAGACAACCCGUCUACGUCCUGGGCGUGGGCAUGACCAAGUUCAUUAAACCGCGCGGCAAGGUCGACUACACGGAGCUGGGCUUUGAAGCGGGCGUCAAGGCUAUGCUCGACGCCCAGGUCAACUACGACGACGUCGAGCAGGGCAUCGCCUGCUAUUGCUAUGGCGACUCCACCUGCGGACAGAGGGUCUUCUACCAGUUCGGCAUGACGCAGAUACCCAUUGUCAAUGUGAACAACAACUGCUCGACCGGCGCGACCGGUCUGGCUAUGGCCAGGAACACCAUCUCGUAUGGCGGCGCUGACUGUAUCCUGGUUGUGGGCUUCGAGAAGAUGAUGCCCGGCAGUCUGCAGAGUUUCUUCAAUGAUAGGGAGAAGCCGACGGGCACGACAAUUUCUAUGAUGGCUGAGACGCGAGGAUUUACCAAUGCUCCGGGUGCUGCUCAGAUGUUUGGGAAUGCCGGGAGGGAGUACAUGGAGAAAUAUGGUGCCAAGAUCGAGGACUUCGCAGAAAUCGGCCGCAUCAACCACGCGCACUCUAUCAAAAACCCCUACUCGCAAUUCCAGGACGUCUACACGCUCGAGCAGGUCCUCCAGGCGCCCAUGAUCUACGAACCCCUGACCAAGCUCCAGUGCUGCCCGACGUCGGAUGGUGGUGCGGCAGCCGUCCUCGUCUCGCAGGACUUCCUCGACGCUAGACCGCACCUCAAGGAUCGGGCCGUCCUCAUCGCCGGCCAGUGCUUCGCUACCGACGCGCCGAGCCUGUUCUCCCGCAGCGCCAUCGACCUGAUGGGCUACGAGAUGACCAAGUACGCUGCUGAGACCGCCAUGGCCGAGGCGGGCGUCAAGCCGAGCGAUAUCCAGGUCUGCGAGCUGCAUGACUGUUUUUCGGCGAACGAGAUGAUCACAAUCGACGCAAUGGGCCUGUCGGGGAAGGGCAAGGCCCACGAGAUGGUCCGGAACGGCGACAUCACCUAUGGUGGCAAGAUGGUGAUCAACCCAUCAGGUGGUCUCAUUUCCAAGGGCCACCCCCUCGGCGCGACGGGUAUUGCCCAGUGUGCGGAGAUAGUUUGGCACUUGCGUGGUUGGGCUAAUAACAGAGACGUGCCGCACACCAAGUAUGCGCUGCAGCACAACUUGGGGCUGGGAGGGGCCGUCGUCGUGACGGUGUACAGCAGGCCCGACAAGAGCGAGGCGCCCAAGGUCGACUCGGCCACCGUGGCUAAGAUCACCAAUCUGGGAUACAACCCGGCCGUCGAGGCCAAGGGGUUUACGGCCGCGCAAGUUGCAGCGGUAAGGAGCAAGUCCAAGUCGAGUGCUUGGGCGUUGCAGGACACGGAGAACAAGGUCGAGGCGAGGUUUUGAACAGAUUGGAUGACGCUGGCUAAAUUGUACUUAUUUUUGUCAUGUAUUAAUAUGCGAUGCGACGUGUACGAGAAGUCUUGUCCAUGAUAUUAUGACCUGUGUGUGUUCAGAUGACGUUGGUUUAAGCUG